AUGGCGCGGGACACCUACUGGGGUUCCUUCGAGGAGGUUUCCAAGUACAAUGUCUCACUGAACUACGCCGAGCGCAUGUGGAUGGCCUGGUACGCAUACAUGCAGAACGAUGUGCUCGCCACUGGCAUCAUGUCCUUCGUCAUGCACGAAUGCGUGUACUUCGGGCGCUCGCUGCCAUGGAUCAUCAUCGACAUGAUUCCUUGGUUCAGGCGAUACAAGAUCCAGCCGAACAAAAUUCCCACAGCAUGGGAACAAUGGCAGUGUGCUCUCCUUGUCCUCUUCUCGCACUUCACCGUCGAGCUCCCGCAAAUCUGGUUCUUCCACCCCAUGUGUCAGUUCUUCGGCCUCAGCACGUCAGUCCCGUUCCCGAGCAUCUACAAGAUGGCUUUCCAGAUCGCUGUCUUCUUCGUCCUCGAGGAUACCUGGCACUACUGGAUGCACCGCGCCAUGCACUACGGCUUCCUCUACAAGAACAUCCACAAGAUCCACCACCAGUACUCGGCUCCCUUCGGUCUCGCCGCCGAAUACGCCUCGCCUAUCGAGGUUAUGGUUCUCGGACUCGGCACUGUCAGCUCGCCUAUCCUCUGGUGCGCGAUCACUGGCGAUCUGCAUAUUCUGACCAUGUACCUGUGGAUCGUCUUACGUCUGUUCCAGGCUAUCGAUGCACACAGCGGCUACGAGUUCCCCUGGAGCUUGCACCAUUUCCUUCCCUUCUGGGCCGGCGCCGAGCACCACGACGUUCACCACGAACGCUUCAUCGGCAAUUACUCGAGCAGCUUCAGGUGGUGGGACUACGUCCUAGACACCGAGGCUGGUCCUGAGGCCUCCAAGAGGAGGCGCGAGAAGAAGCUUGCAGCUUUGAAGAAGGCUGCGUAA